CCCCGGCGAGGCCGGUGCCGCCUCAGUUGGCCACAGCGGCCGGAGCGGAGGAGCGAGGCAUCAUGUCCGGCCGUGGCAAGAGCGGCGGUAAGGCCCGCGCUAAGGCCAAGUCUCGCUCGUCCCGGGCUGGGCUGCAGUUCCCGGUCGGGCGCGUUCACCGGUUGCUGCGGCGCGGACACUACGCGGAGCGGGUGGGGGCUGGGGCGCCCGUGUACCUAGCGGCCGUGCUCGAGUACCUGACGGCCGAGAUCCUGGAGCUGGCGGGCAACGCGGCGCGGGACAACAAGAAGACGCGGAUCAUCCCCCGUCACCUGCAGCUGGCGGUACGCAACGACGAGGAGCUCAACAAGCUGCUGGGCGGCGUCACCAUCGCGCAGGGCGGCGUCCUGCCCAACAUCCAGGCCGUGCUGCUGCCCAAGAAGACGAGCGGCGGCGCCGCGAGCCCCGCCAAGGCCGGCAAGAAGGGCAGCGGGCAGCAGUCACAGGAGUACUAGGCCGGCCGCCCCUCCGGCGCCACACAAAAGGCCCUUUUCAGGGCCACCCCAUUGCUCACGGGGAGAGCUGUAAUCCGGGGAGGAGAGGGGGGGGGUCGGGCCGGCUGCGGGGGACGAGCAGGAGCUGGCCCGAGGCCCGUCAGACACCGAACACAAGAGCUGCUCUGUAAGGGCUCGUAAUUUACUUGUAUUUACCUCUCUUACCUUCAGUGGACGUUGCAUAGAGAAUAAACAGUGCUUCGUUAACAAAACAGGA